AUGGAGCCGUCGUCCCUGAAGACGACCCCCCCACAGCCCUCUAAAGGGGCACUUCCUCCGCACGUGGGUGCUGCGCCGUGGGAAGGGGGAUGUCACAGAAAGGACGCAGGGACGGCCCCUUUGCCCUGGAUGACGCCGAUGGGCUCUUUUUCCUCCUCGGUGAUGGGCCUGGGGGGGGGCGGCCACGCGUUCGUUUCUUCUAGCCUCCACAUCGACCCCGACCCUCGCCUAGGGAGACUCCUCGACGUCGUGGUGGACCGUGACGUCGACACCCUCGCGGCUUAUAUCGACCAGGCGGUGCCAGAGUUCUUCGCGCGCACGUUGGCUGCGGCGCCGAUUACACUUAAAACGGCGGAAAAGGAAGGACGAGAGGGGGGAAAAGAAGGAAGGAGUCCCGCGCAUUGUGGUCCCCCGCUCUCCGUCGGGCAGCUCCGCUCCGUUCUACAGGAUCGACUCAUCGACACCCACCGCGGCUUCCUCCGCGAGCUGCAGCCCCUCCACGAUUCCUUCCGCGACGCCGCCGAGCAGGUGCGCGCCCUUGACGAGCUCUGCUCGGAGUUGGAGGCGACCGCGGGGGCCCGUGAGCACGAGGUGGAGGACCUCGUUGUAAAUAUCGCGGGCCUCGAGGCGGCUUUACGUCUCGCGAACCAGCGCGAGGACGCCCUGCGGGAGUUCCGUGAGCGGCUGAACUUUACCGCCGAGGAGCAGCACACGCUAGAGGAGGAUCCCGUUGGGGUCUGUUUUAUCAAGGCCCUCGAGCGCACCCGACGGGUCCACCAGAAGAGCCUCUCCUUCUCGCACCUCCCUGAGCACCAGCUGAGCGCGAACUCGGUGGCCGAGAGCACCUACCGUGCGAUAAUGAAAGCCUGCGAAAAGAUCACGCGGUACCUCCUCUUCUCCGCCGCCUCCGAUCUCUGGACAGAUGAGGACGGGAAGGUGAAUCGAACGGCGAUCUCGGCGGAUGUACCGGAGGUUUCGCGAUUCUACAUGCGCUGUGUUCAGAUCUUACGCGAGGAAAGCCCCUCUCACUGGGAGCAGGUCAUGCGCGAAAUUGCUCAACAAAGACGAGCAUCAGUGCUGAGGCGUUAUUUUCACUUGCUCACCACAGGAUCAGCUACAACGUCGGCGGGAACGUAUUACCGCAAUUCAGGGGAAAGUGAUAAUUCCAACUCUAAAUUCGUCGAAGAAAUUUCCUCUUCCUCUUCACUUCUUCCUCACCAUGGCUCAUUAAGACCCCUGGAGGCCGAUUUAGACAAUCCGGUGGUGUUUUCGAUCUCACUUUUUGCCUGGAUCCAUCAGAGUAUUGCAGAGGAGGAUGACUUUCUGAAUCCUUUUUUUGCAGGUUCCACCAAUGUGGAGCCCAACAGGAGGCCCAAAUUGGAUGAUGGCAAAUCAGCUGGUGAUAUUUUAUCGCCGUCGUCGUUUCAGUUGGACAAGCAUUCGGAGGCGGCCUACGCCGAGGCCCUUUCCUCGACGGUAUCGAAAUCCGAUCUGCUCGAAUUGAUCUUUGACGGCAUCACCAAGCAGCUUCGCAGCUCCUUCGACGGGAUUUUGGAGCGGCUUGAGCGGCGAUGCUUCGCGAAUGCGGCUUCCAACCCCAGGGCAGAAGCCCAAAAGGAAUUGCAGUCCUUUUCAAAAAGAGAGGAAACGGAGGCGACGACGGGGCGGGGGGGGCCUUCCCCGCGUGGGCUGACGGGGGGACUCACAAAACUCUUCCAAGCCGUCACCGGGCGCCCGCAGGGCCGAUCAACGCGAACGCCUCCGACUACGAAUGCAUCUAGCCUUCCCUCGCUUUCGCCCGCGGAGGGGGAUCCGACGCGCGCGCUUUUUGCCGCCCUCCAGACCUGCUUUCAGCUCCUCCAGCUCUUUGCGUAUUACCGCACGACGACCUUUGAGGCCUUGCUCGGGCGGCAGGCCUCGUUGACAUGCUUUAUCGCCGAAUCAGCCGUCGAUGACCUCCGGCGUGUAUUAAAUCGCCUUUUAAAAGCUAUCACCGAGCAUCUUUUUGAUUCCACUGCAAGGGGGGUCGAGCAUUCGUGGAUACUCCGUCGUUUGGCGUCAAUUAACGCCGCCGUGAGGGGGCCUAGCGCCUCCGCGUUGACCCAUCUAAACACCUCAACGCACCAAAGGAACGAAAAGCGGGUAUUUGUGUUGGAUUUUCUCAUCAAAUUUACUCUUGAGGACAAGAUGGAAGACGGCGAAGAAAUGGGGAGCUCGACAUUGCUGAGUAAUAGCAGCAAAUCGGGGAUCAUCAGCACGGUGUUUCUUCAAAGUAGCGGGACAAGUAAUACGAGUCGUAGAAUGAAGGAUUUACAGCAGUCUACGUUAGCCUAUGAACUUGAGCGCCUACUGGAGAAACAGCUACUUUGCGUGCCCUCUGAAAUAAAAAAAUACUUGCAGCUUUUAGAAAUGUUUAUAGAAGAUACCACGCGGCAGCGUCAACUUCUCGAGGCUUUUUCCGAACAAAGGGCGGCUGGUCGUGCGCAGCAGGAGGAAUCAUCGCUAAAAAGUACUCAUCCAAACCGCGUGGAAGAGGGCGAAUUAGAGAAGGUGGAGAAUAGCUGUAGCGGAUCUCAGGAUCGAAAUGAACUUCAUUUCACGAUGCUACUUCAUCCAUUGUUGGCCUUUCAUCAUUUAUUAAAUCGACAGAGCUCUAUUCAACACAACCUUGACGAUGUCUGUCAAGGCAUUCUAGAGUGGAAUUGUUUUAACGCGCUUUAUGCCGUAUUGCGCAAUCACGAAGCCUUGAUUACGUCCAUUCCAAAUACUUUUGACUCUACCUCGUCCGCGCCGUCAGAUUUUCAGAAAGAAAAACUUGAUCAAAAAAGUUUUAUGACCCUAUCACUUACCGAUAUUUCUCGUGGAAGGGAGGCGGCAAGCGAGCUCACAGCGGAGGAAACGCCUAGCGUUCCUUUGCUAGCUAUCAUAACGAAAAAACUCCAUUAUUUGCAUAAAAUGCUAAAAGAGCUCUUUUCCACCGCCGCGAUAAAGUAUUACUUCACGCAACAUAAUACUACAUGUACUUCUUUGCUCGAAAGUCUUAUUUAUUUCGAGAAUUCGCAAGAGAAGAUAACGGCAGCGGCGAUAAAACUCAAAAGCAUGGCUGAUAUUCAUGCGGUGAUGGCAAUAUUGCAUAAUUUAUACAAUUUAGUCGCUUCGAAUGGGGGGCUUCCAAAGCUCCCGAUGUUGUCUGCCCUUGGAGAACCUUCGCAACAAGAAAAACUCCAACAUCACGUUGUGGAAAGAGUACUCGAGGUUUAUGGGUAUUUAUAUAGAAUUUUAAGCUAUAGAUUGCGUGAAGAUUCAAAUAUCGAUUCUUCUACACAUUCUGGGUUGAAAUUUAACGAAGAAGAGGCCUCGAUGUUUUCGGAUAUAGACCCUGUGAAGCUGCAGAUGCUCAUGGAUGCAUAG